GAAACACCAGUGGAAUCGGCGUCGGCUCAGAAAUGCACAGAGGAACCAUCUUCUGCUGAGGAACUGCUGAGAACAAACGCAGCAAACGUGACUAGUUUAGAGGCUGCAGAACAACAUGAAGCUCCCAGAGAUGACCAACGAAUGGACACCUCCCCGCCUAUAACACCAGAACGAGCUGGAGAAGGCGCUGGGAACCUCCCUGCGGUGGUGCCGUCCACGGGGCACGAAGUAUCAAAUAAUGAUCCAUUGGAGACCGACCCGACUUCAUUAGGGGAUUGUAAGAUGGAUGCGAGUACCGAACAAACGACUGAUCCAGCUGCAACCCCAACACAAGUUAGUACGGAGGCCGAAAUAUGUUCCCAGGGGGAGUCAUCUGUCCAGAGUGCUGAUCAUAGGCCGCCAGAGCUGGCGGGCUCCUCCAAGACCUCGAGAAAAGCUCCUCCAUCUCGUCAAGGCAGGCUGAUUAAACCCAGACCCAACCUAAAAUCCAGCAGACGUCGUCCACAACCCGAGCAAGCAGACGACGCAGCAGCGGCCGGAGCAGACUCAUGCAGUCGCUCACAGGAUGUAGAGGCCUCUUUAGAUCACAAAGCUGAGGCUGAACUCGCACCUGAGUCCACGGAGGACGUCAGCAAUGAGCCAAGUCACAAUAACUCGAUAAGUGCUCAGUCCUCUCUGGAUUCUGCGCCACAAGUCGUUCCUGCCGAGAAUCCAUCAACGUCAAGAGAAGAGGGGAUCCAGAACUUUCCACUUUUAUUUGACAUGCUGGGCAACGACCUGCCCUCAGAUCCACACGAGCCGUUUUUCGUCCUCUCUCUGACUGAGGUCCCGGUCGCUCCGGCAGGGGAGAUGGUCGCUGGCGCCGAGCCCUCGCCUUAUCCUCCUGUAGCAGAUCCACCAGCGCAGCAGCCCAGCGUUUCUGACACGGGUUUGACGGCAGCAGGAGGUGGAUCAACGUCGAAAGCGUCCUCGUCGUCGAUGUCCACAACGGACACUCGCGGCGGGGCCGACUUAACCGAGCUGGCUGUUGCAAGCGGUGAUCUGUGUUUCCAGGGGGAUCCACAAGAAAGUACUACGGAGACUGUUGGUGCCAACGAGCCUGAAACUCCUCCCUCAAAACCAAAACGGUCAGGAAGAAGAGCCAAUGUGCCAGUUCGGCCCAGAUCUACAAGGAGGAAGCAAACUUCUCCUGCGGCCUCUGACGUGGAGCCAGCCGCCGCGCAAACAAGCGGGGAAGCAGAACAAACCGCUGAAGAGGCUCCGAGCCAGAGGAACCAACGUGCCUGUCGGAAAAGAAAAGCCAAAGAUUUCCCUUCGUCUGCUUCUGAGACAAACAACCCGUCUGAAUCCAGCCGUCCUCCCGGCAAAGCGGCCUCCAAGAGGGCCAAGGUGAAGCCUCUGGUUGCAGAUGGGGCCGUGGCGUCCACGUCGCGCGCUGCCGAGCCGGCGGCAAGUUCCCCACAGCCAGAGCUAGCCCUUCCCACGACAUCAGCGGCACAGUUAGAAGAGGCUAGUGACCAGACUCCCGGCCGCUCAGGUCCAACCUCCGACGCUGCAUGGUGUCCAGCUGAGGCUUCGAAAUCCCAAGAAGGUGACGUUGCAGACUCCAGCUCCGUAGAAGGCGAGCCCACCCAGGUCUCUCAGUACUUCUUCAGUGACAUUUUCACAGAGGUAGAUGAGGGAUAAAAGUAAAAAAAAAAAGGAUUUUUUUUUUAUUCUUCAAGUGGUAUUGCUUUUACUUGGCAGCUUUUCCACUUACACAAGCACUUUGGAUCUGUAUAAUAAUGUACUUAAAUGUGUUUUUUAAACUUGCAUUAGUUCAGUUGAUUAGUAUUUAAAUAAUGUAAACCGAGACGACAGAACAAGCGAUCCAGACUGAAGAAGCCACAGUUGAAUGUUUCAGUUUUAACCAGCUGUGUAAAUGUAAAUAUUGUAAAAGAUUUCUAUUACUGUUGGUAUCGUAAAGAAAUACUUCUCUCAUUAAACCUGUACAGGUUCUUGUGUCUCUGAUGUUCAUUUUAUGUUGUAAAAUGAACCCCAUACAAGGUUUAAACAUUUUUUUCUUCUAUUUUUAAUAUUUUCUGACAUCAUUAGUCACUCACGGAGCACUGCCGGUGGAUCUUUGAUCGACCCAGCAGAGCUGCACGCCCCCGUGUGGGCACAAGUGGUAUUGCUAUUGGUUAAACCACAUCAUGUGACCCAAUAAAGUCCCACUGCCUCAACCACAUCAUUCAAACUUGUAGUUAUUUUCGUUUUGGCAGCCACGAGGGCGUCUGGUCGGUUCCUUCCUCUUCAGAGAAACCGAUUUUCACCACCAAAUGUUUUGUUCUAAGACGAUGUGAACCCAGCGGUCCUGGUUUACACUCGGUUCUUUACUGGUGGAGGAAUGUUUACGUCAUUUUGCACUUCUGCCCAAAUGUUACAAGCUCAAACUUGGUUUAUUCAAAGCAAAAUGAGGAAGUUGUAUAAUAUUUUAAUAAAAUGUGUUCUUCCACC